AUGAAAACUCCAUCUUUCGCCCUUAUUUUUGCAACCCCAAUCUUUGCUGCAAAUGUGUUGAACGACCCCAACUUUUUCCCCACCUCCAUUCCAGGUAUAACCUCGUUCUACUCGGCUUUCAACCUGUACGUGGGCAAUGCUGACAACUACAUGCAAAUUGGCCAAGGGCUCACCACCCAGCCAUUUUACACCGAAUGGGUAGCUGAAGUCAAGAAACACACUCAGACUUCGUGGUACGCUGCGUACCUUGACGCGCUCACAGGAGGAGACCAGCUUACUGAGUUUGACUUGAACACUGCGCAAUUGGACUCAUUUGCCAGUGAUCUCUUCACCAACACUCAGCUUGCCAGUCUCACUUCUGCACUUUCGAGAGUAACUGGUGCUAGUGACAGCGACUCUGAAGUGAACGAAACGACCGAGAGCGACUCGGGCGAAACGGCUGAAGAUCGUACCUCUGACUCCGGCAAUUCCUCCAGCUCUCAUUCUCAUUCUGAAAAUUCCAGCUCUGGCUCUGGCUCUGGUUCUAGCUCUCGUUCUAGUUCUGGUUCUGGUUCUGGUUCUGGUUCCAGUUCUGCCGCCGCCUCGGGUUCGUCAUCGUCCAAGGCUAAUGGUGUCAGCUAUGCUGCCCCUGCUGGUGCCGUCUUGGGAGCAUUGGCUGUUGCUCUUCUUUGA